CUUAUUAAAUAGGUAAAAUGACGUCUUUAUCAAAUGAUGAAUUAUUCGUUAUGCUGGAGAAGAUGCAGAUUAAAUUAAACCCAGGAUCAGAUUCGAACUUUCAAAGCGAGCUGUCAACUUUCCAGUGGAAUCAGAUUCUACCGGAAGAUGACAUCGAUCAAUUUCGAAAUGCCGUCAAUAAUUUGAUGUUGGAAAUAAAUCCUACAAGGAAUCUACACGAGAUGAUUGGCUUAGCCAAGCUGAGAGUUCAACGACCAGCAGAGAAAUGCUGUCCGAAUUGCGAAGGUGGAAGAAAACGGAGAAUGAGCGAGAUGAACUCAGCCGAAAAUGAACCAUUUGGAUCGCCCAGAUCAAAGAAGGUGAACGCGUAUGAAGCUACAAACGGUGUUGUAAAGAAGACAAAGAAAGCACUGGAAACAGAAGGGCCAAAAAGACCGAUGUCGUCUCUAGAUGUUUACAUCGUCAAGUACUGUUCGACCAAGGAUAUGGAUCCGAAGAGUUUCUCAAGAACUGCGUGGAGGGAUGCAUAUAAUGAGUUGAAGGAGUCAAAAAGGAUCAGACAUAUCAGGGCUGCAAUUACAGAUGAACUACGUUACCAACAGGAAGUGAAAGAAUCGCAGCUUGACUUAUCUGAGUCAUUCAAACCCUUGACACCCUUCAGUCAAAUCUCGAAGAAGGAACUGGAAUUGUUCUUACAGCACGAAGGAAUUGGAAAGCCGAUAAAUAGUGCAUAUUCUUUGCUACUCACCGAAAAACUCCAAAACUACAAAGGCGAGGACAAUUCAAUGACCGAUAGAAUGAGACAAGUAGCGGCAGAAUGGCAGAAACUACCCGAAGCCGAAAGGAAAAGAUACCAAGACAAGUGUGCUAAAAUGACAACAGAGCGAAUGCAGAAGUUGCAAUCGGCUUCGGAGGAAGUAAAAGCGGCUGAUAAGUUUUUGAGGAAAACAACCAGCUCACAAAAUAGUAAACACGCACAGAAAAUGGCGACUGGCUCGAGUAACAGUUCGAAUUCAGUUCAUAAUCGUUCGUCGAAUAUUGCUACGAAACAAAAUGGGCCGACGGGCAUCAACGUGACAGAUAAAAAAUCAGGAAAAACAGCCAGCAAAUUGUCAAUUGUUUCUGAAAGCUCAACCGGCUUGGUACCGAAAACUGUCAAUCAAAACAUCAACAAUACCGAUAUCGAAAGUCGCGAGAAAACCAUUAGUUCGUCGAAGAGUUCGAGAGGAAAAGAAGUUGAAAUCAGUCAAGAUAAAAUUGUGAAAACGAAAGUGUCUCAUGGUAAGAGUGCUCAAAGUUCUUCAGAAAGUGAAAGCGAGGUUGUAAGUAAUUCACCUGGAAAGAAAAACGAAGCUAAAGCGAGACGAAGACACGUUAUAACGUAUGAUGAUUCCAGAUUAGUGUCCAACAUUCAACCGCCGCCUGAUUAUUACGAGUACCUUGCUCGUUUUGAAAACAAUGAUGAUGACGAGGAUGACGAAAACACUUUGAACACUUCUGAAAGAAAAAAUAAAAGUGGAUCUAGCCCGAAAAAGACAAAAUCAGUCAACGAGAAAAAUUCGGACUCGGACUCAAGUGAAAAUGAUGAUAAUAAUAAUGUACCUCAACUUGAAUUGAAGAACAAAUCGCCGAAUACGAAAUCUGAACUUGGACGUUUGAAAAAGAACGAUGAAAAAAGCUCAGUGAAAAACCAAAAGAAAUUACAACAGGAAAGCUCAGACGAAUCAGAAAGCGACGAAGAUGCUAACAAUGACAAUGAGCCUAAAACUCAAAAACAGCUGAGUAAACAGUCAAAGUCGCAAAAAUUGAAAAGUGGAAGCUUGAAAAAAAUGAAGCAAAGAAGUUUUUUGCAGGAAAAUAUGAGAAAAAAUUUGGAUAACAGUGACGAUGAAAUCCAACAGGAACAGAACUCAGACUGCCAAGUAAACAAAGACAACAAUGAAGGCGAUGUCGAUGCUAGCAAUUUAAGUUGCAGUUUUUGAGAUAGUUGCGUCAUUUAUUCCUAAAUGGUCCUUUUUCGGUUGGGUUUCUCAAAGUCGAAUGUAAUUCUGAAAAAUUGACAUGAAACUAAUCCUGAAAUUCGUCAAUAUGGGCUGAACGUUAAACGAAUCAAACUCACAAAAACUGAUGGCAUUAACAAACGAAGUUUGGAAAAAGGAACCGAUAAAUUUGCUGUGAACUAGUGUACUAGUCAACUUGAUUGCAAUAAAACUUUAAAAACUUUUCAACUGAUAUCCGUGUUCAAGUUGCUGUUCAUUUUCAGCAGUUAUUUUCAAGAUGCAUUAAUUUCGUUAAAUUGGCUGUCUAAAUAUUCUUUUGCAAACCUUUAAAAAACUUUCAAUUAUCUAGAGUUCAGUAAAGUUAAUUGAAUUAUUGAUAAAUGUUGGUCGACCAUAAUCGGUAAAGUUUUGUUUGGUUGGAUUUGUUAAUUUAUCUUUUGAAAUAUGUUCAAACGCUUUUCAGAAGUUUCUGAUGUUCUAUCAUCAACCCUUCGUUGAUACAGUUCGCAGUUUUAUUGUAAAAAAAAGUUCUUAAUAUCGAUUAGAUGAUGUCAUCAGCUUCAUAUAUCGUUUCUUGGGUUGAUUUUGUUGAUGCAGUUUAUUUUCUAACAUCAACAUAUUUUGCUCAAUAUUUAUAAUUAAUUACUCAAUUUGACCAUCAACUGUUGAACGUGAAACUUGAAAAUGGUAAUUUGAUAAUAGGCAUUUUAAUUACUAUCAUUCCUGGUCAGGUUUACAUGAAAAAUAUGAAAACUGAAACUUCAAGCUCUUUCGUGUUUUAUAUCUGGAAUACUUUUUUUUUCGUUUAGUUUCAAACCUGAAGUCAGUUAAUAAUGAACCGUUUACAAAAAUCG